AGUAGCAUAUCUGUACUUUGAGAAUCUAUGCCUUCAGACUUGCGGAUUUUGUCUUCAAACACGAAUGUCUGUGAACCAAUUGCUAGAGUAUUUGUGUAUAUGGCGGUUUCUUUAAAUCAAUCCAUCUCGAAAGAUAGGUAUAUUAUUUACGACAAUCGUCUUUUGCAAAGAGAAGAAUAUCUUAACGUUCCUCACUUCAACACUGAAACCUGAAGACUCGUAUAGAAUAUAGUUUAAAUAUCAUAAUUGCGACAUUCCUGUGACGUCAUUAUAACAUCGCAGAAACGUAUUCAGCAAUGUUGAUUGUUUUCGCCACAGUAUCUGUACAGCAACGUGUGGAGUGUGUAUGUGAUACACUAGUGUGAUGUGUAAUCUGUAUGCCAUAUGACAAGCCGGUUUCUAGAUGUGGCCUCAUUGUUUCCUUGUGAACUAUAUGGCACUCGACGUAUUUCAGUUCGUGGAACGUGGUUCUCAAUGGAUUAUUGUACUUUUUAAUUUGUCUUCCAAUGGCUAGCGAGAGGUGGUAUUUUUCCAGAGAGCAGCUAGAAAAUACGCCUAGUAUUAAAUGUGGCUUUGAUAAGGACAGAGAACUGUCGUACCGGCAGCAAGCAGCCAAUUUCAUUCAGGAUAUGGGCCAGAAAUUAAAGGUUAACCAGUUGUGCAUAAACACAGCUAUCGUUUACAUGCAUCGGUUUUAUAUGUUUCAUUCAUUUACGCAAUUUCACCGGCAUUCUGUGGCUGCAGCAUCCUUAUUCCUUGCAGCGAAGGUUGAAGAACAGCCCCGAAGAUUGGAACACAUCAUUCAAGUGGCACACAUGUGUUUAUGUCGUGAUCGUCAGCAACCGCUUGACACCAAAUCAGAACGUUACUCACAAGAAGUAUGUGACUUAGUAUUCAAUGAAAAUGUCCUGUUACAAACUCUUGGAUUUGAUGUAGCUGUUGAUCAUCCUCACACACACAUAGUGCGUUGUUGUGAUAUGGUCAGAGCUAAUAAAGACCUUGCCCGGACAUCGUACUUUAUGGCUUCAAAUAGUUUACACUUAACAACCAUGUGCGUGCAGUACAAGCCAACACUUGUAGCGUGUUUCUGUAUUCACUUAGCUUGCAAAUGGUCGAACUGGCAAAUACCUAAGUCUAGUGAAGGUAAAGACUGGUUUUGGUACGUUGAUAAAACUGUUACACAAGAACAGUUGGAGCAGUUGACGUCCGAAUUUUUAGUAGUAGUAGACAAAUGCCCCACAAAACUGAAACGAAGGUUAGCCGCUGCUGCUCCAUCAUCAUCAGGAAAUAAUAUACCAUUUCCCAGACCAGAACUUCCAACUACAAGUGAAAAUGUGAGUUCACCAAAGAACUUAGAGGAAAAACGCAGUGGGCAUUUAGUUACAAAAACUCUCAAUAUUGUAUCAAGAGAAGACAGUAGAUGUUUUCAGCUGAAACCAAGUGCUCAUUCUUCGAAACGUGAAGAGCAAAAUACACAAGUGAAGCAUCCAGAGAAGUGGGACCAUGGUAGUGGGAGACAAGGGGAACUAAUAGCCUUCAUGGGAGGAACCAGGACUAUUAUUCAGAAAAACAGUAUUGAUCACAUUUCAAGUAGCCUGAAUGGACCCAGCAGCAGCAGCAGCAGUAGUAGUAGUAGUACUACUACAACAACAACUACUACUACUACUACUUUAAUUAGACAAACAUCUUUGAAACCACACCAACAAAAAAGGAGUUCCUCUUGGCUUAGUGACAGUUCUGCAAUGUCAGACAGCAGUACUCUUGCGUAUCAAAGUGAUCAGUGCUGUCAUGAGCAAUAUGUAACCGAACCUGUGACCAAAAGGCAAAAGCAGUGACAUAAGAUGUUAAAAUGAUUGUUGUAAUUGGAAUGUGCCUUUGAAAACACUUUCUCAGGAAAUGCCAGCCAUGUCAGAAAAGCUUAAGACUUUUUGUGAAUUUUUGUAUUUAACGUAUCUGUGAUAAUGAUCAAGUCAUGAACUUUAGUUCCUUGCAAUAAAAAAUGCUUUUAUUUUGAUGUUAUGUGCAUGUGAGAGAGAUAUAGGCUAUGUUACUUACAUAUGAUGAUGAUAUCUCUGUCCUGAAGCUCAUUCUUUUAAAGCCGAUGCUGCUAAAUUACUUUCAGAUAGGCCUAUACAGUAAGGAUUUGCAUUUGUAAAUCUUUGUUAAUAAAUAAUGUAGUGAGGGAACCAAAGGUGUGCCAUUUAAGGUAAUAUGAUGUACCUGAUAUAAGAAAUAUACAGUAUUGAAUGUGUUGUGCACAUUUGCAAGCAGAUAUGCAGUGUUUAAUUUCAUUUUUAGGCAAUGGUUUUGUUCAGAUAUCCAGUGCUUGAUGUUUGUUUUUAUGUAGGAAGUUCAGGAUUGUAUUAAUUAUUUGGUGUAAAGCAUUUAUUCAUUAUCACUUACUAACGCUUUACUUUAGAUAUACAUGGAAACUUCCACAAAUUCACUAGAAUAGUCGUCUCCAGCAAAUGUAAUAUCACAUAAAAUGCAAGUACCCUAAAAACUGUUUUUAUUUAGGUACAUCUGUAAUUUGUCUGUUAUCUUUGAAACAUUGUUUAAGAAAAUAUGUAGUAUUUAGUUAGUUGUGCAAUAUUAAAUAAUUUAAUUUUCAAGGUUAAUUAUAACCAAAGGGCUGUAUUAUCCCCUCCUUUAUUAGUGUGAACCUUGAAUCUAUGCUGAUCAAGUGAGGUUGCAGCUUAAAAUAAAGAACUGUUGCAUUUACAAUGCUUUAGUAACAAAAUUUUUAGUGAUAAGAGUAUUGUUACCAUUUUCAUAAAUUCACCACCAUUUUCAGUUGCUUGCCUGAUGUGGAACUUUGUUUAUUAUCUAUAGUUUAACAUAAAAUUCUAAGCAUGGAACUGUACUUACCCUCAUUUAAGUUUGUCUUGUUUUUGUUUUUUAUAAAUUGAUUCAUUUCAUUAAGAAGCAUGCAGCUUCACAUGUUACAAAGUAUUUUUGUUGAGCAAAUACUGUUCAUAUUUUUGAAUGUGAUAAGGUGGUUUGUUUUUCAGAUUUUAUUUUUGCUCGUAACCUAUUACUGUUAUGUACUUAAGUACCAAAAUCACUCGAGGCAUUUGAAAGGUCUUGCAAUUUUCUGCAAUAUUUGUCAUAUUUCACAGUGAAUAAAAUUUAAAAACUGCUUAAGAGGAGAGAGGUUUAAGAACCACUGAAAUUUACUUCAAUCGCUUCUGGAAGAUGAUGAUAAAUCUUAUUUCUAUCAUGAAGUAAGGACCUUUAUCUGUUAAGAGGAUUUCACACAAUUCAGGAGGAUCUGCAUGCUAUUUAUCCAGACACAGUACUAUUUGUGGACAGGUCUAUUUAAAACUUUGUAGAUUUGUUUUCAACAUUUAAUAUGUUGCAAAAUCCUGAUGUGGAAGAGAAAUAAUAACAGUAAUAGAAACAACUCAACAUAUAGUUGAGUUGCUAAUCAGUGAUGAAAUUGCUGAGCUUUCCGACAGUGUCCUUUGCAUGGUAGUCAUUUUUUUGUUGCCUCUGAAAUACAUUUUCUGAAAAGUCAGCAACAAUUCCAGUCUUCUAAUGCCUCGACUGUUCGAUCUCAACUGCACUAUCAGCGGUUAACCACACUCCAUCUUCUCAGUGUUUCAUACCUUCUAUCAGAGCAUUAAAUGGAUGAAAAUGAAUAACUCUCUAAGCCUCAGGCCAUAACUACUAAUUCACUUGCCACACAUUGUAAGGCUGUCACCAUUUUGUAUGAGGGAAAUGGCUUGGAGCUGGGAAUGGAAGGUAAUGAUUUUAAGAUCUUGAAAUAACCACAUUUGUUUCAUCUGUUUAAUACUCAAGAUAGUUACCGUCCAUGGAAAUAGUCACUGUAUAAAUCAAUGUAAUAGGAUUAUAAAUAAAUAUUACAUCACAGUUAUAAAUAAAUACUUCAUAUGCUUAUAUGCAAUAAAAUAUAAAUUAUGACAUUGUAUACAUACUUUAUAUUGUCAUUAUUUAAUACAGUGGACUAUGACAAAUAUGUGCUACAUCUAUAACAAUAAAUUACAUUUGUUUCAUACAGUUUCCUCUAAUUAUUAGAAAGGCAAUACUGUCAGUAAUCAGCAUAUAAACAUUCUGAUUUACAUUAUACUCUGAUCACAAAUAAAAUGCAAUGAUAUUAACAAAGAAAGGGGUAAAUGUAAAGCUUUGUUUUUAAGGAUUGUUCUCCAACAUGCACUUACUUUUCACUAUGCCGUGACAGCCAAUAUCACAUACCAUAAUAUAAGAGGCAUUUAAUUCCCAUUAGAUUGUAUGUUCCUGUAAUAACAAAUAGUUAUGUACUCCAGGUGUGCAUGGAAGGACAGAUCAAAUCUGUCACAAUUCUGUAUUCAAAAGAAAUUUAUCUUUGCUGUAUACACUAACAGAGUUUUAAUGGAAUGUUGAACAUCACAUCUUACUCCUUGAUAUUUCCUCUCAACCUCUCUAAUGUUGCAAAUAUUUUGAGUAAAAUAGUGAUGGCAUUUAAAAUUCUGUUUGGUAAAACAGUUGAUGUAGUUAAGACUAAUCAAUGUGUGCCCUUACUGUGAAUUCGUCUUUAGUAGACGACUCUUGUGGCCCCCCCCCCCCCCCCCCAUUCACUUCUAAUUUGCAGUACAAUGAUCUGCAAUGAAAUUGUUGGCAUAAUGUAAAACAACUUUUCCUUUAUUUUGUAAAAAAAAAUUAACAGAUUAAUGUAUAUAUGACAUCUCAAAAAUGUUUGUGUACACAUAUAUUUUCAUAAAAUGUUCCUCUGUGAAAACUGCUAUUACAAAGCCUUAAAUUAAACCAUAUUGUAGUACACUGCAUUGUACAGUGCAAAAGGCAAUUAAUGUCUGCAUUAAGGCAAAAAAUGGCUCUGCUUAAAAUGGCUAUCUUAAACCACAUUAUUGCUGGUGAUGAAAGUUAUGAUUAUAUACAUUAAAGCAUUUGUGCUCCUAGUUAAAGAUGUUGCCAUAGUUUCUCUACAAAGCAUUUGCUUUAAAAAAAGCCAAAAGUUAUUGGCACAUCCACUUGUUACAAUUGGGCAGUUCUGAGGCCGCACCUCACAGGUUCACACUAAUAACAAAGAUAUUCUCCUCCUGUGAAAAUAUAUUUUCCACAAAUAAACAAUUUUUAAUAGUUACACAAUUUCCUAACUCCAGUUAACUUGCAUAGUACUGACCAGUCAACAACACAACCAGAAAUACACAUUUUCACGAAACUGUACAUUAUACACCAUCACCUCUUUUACACCGAUGAACAGCUUAAGUCCUCAAAAAGUAUUUUAAAAUAUCGUGAAAUCAAAAUGCAUAUCAGCGCAUAUACAUAACAUGAUUAUCAAACAUUUUUAACCCAAAUUGUAGACAGAAACAUCAUGCUGAUUAGGUGUUCUUAUACUAGAUACAUCUUUGACAGAAAGACUCUGCUUACAAGCAUUGGCAAUCUAAAUUAAGAUUUGCAUGUGCAUGAUGACAAUCUGCAGUUCUUUCCAUGGGCGAGAGGAAAGGAACAUCAUAUUACAUUCACACAAACUUAUCACUAUCAACAGCUGCUUGAUCAGUCUUCCUACAAGGUGUGUUCAAUCACUAAAGUGGCAUAUAAGAACCAGUUGAUUUAUCAAUGAAAAUCUGUAAAGGACAAUAAUACUUUUGAGAGAGAGAUCGACAAUUGUGCCGCAUGAAAUACACCUGCCUCAGAGUUUCUCAACAUUAUCAGCCUUCACAAAGUGCUGCUUACAUACAUACUAACUGGCACUCGUUAGUACACACAAUAACUGUCAUGCUAAUUUUCCACUAGAAAAAGAACUGGAUGGGGGAGAUAACACUCAAGCUGAAUCCAGAAAAUAACUGCCCUUGUUAUGGAAAACAAGGACAGUAGAAAGUGUGAAAUGAAUAUCCUGUUGUGAAUGACAGAGCCUGGAAAAGUUGUCAGCCCUGAUCAAUACAGUGGGUUCUGUAUCACAUACUGCCUGUGGCAAAAGAGAUGAUGUAGCACUUUUCCCAUAUCUAUGUUAAUAUUCUAUAUUAAACUACUGUACAUGUCAAUAAGCCACUUUGAACUUCAAUAACACACAAAAUUUGAAGUGUUGCAGAAGCAGGUAGUUCUGCAGUAGAAAGGUGGAUCUUGCACUGUUUAUUUUCCCCUGUGGCAGUCUACAGACUAGAUAGUUUAUAGAUAGUAGCAAUCUCACUACAACUGUAAGAGAUAAAACUUUCUCACCUGUUAUUUGCCCUGUUUAACUUUUAGUGCAAAAAGUAAAUAUUUUGACUACUGCAGUGAACUGUGAGGUACACUAUUGUGUGUACAGUUUAAAAUCUCACUGCCACCAUUAAAUCUGUAUUGUGAACAGUAUCUGAAACUCCACUGACUGUGCUGCAACACAACAAACACUACACUGGCGUGUUUUCAAAACAGUCACCAUGAUAAAGUCCACUUACAAUAAUCAUAGAAAUGUUUUAACAUUUUACAGCACAGUUUGAUUACACACAUCAGAGGACCUUCACUGAAACUGGCAGUAGUCACAGGAAUCACAUACCCUUGUUUACUUUUGAUUCCCUCUCCCCCUUUGCCACAGAGAAACUACAUAUCAGAACAAACAUGCACUUCAGAAUGUGGCAAUGAAAGUGAGAUUGCUACUACUGUAAAUAUAUUACAAUAAAAUAUGGAAGAAGAUGAAUCAAGAUUAGAGGACAUCACAGCUAAUUCUAAAAUUUUAUUUUACUUUAAGCUGUCGUCAGAGGAAUAUAUUGUGGCUCACAAUAAAAUUUAGAAUUCAGUCAUAGUCACCUGCAACAAAUUUUGAUAUUACAGCUGCUGUAUCUAAAUAGACAAAUUAUUUCUACAUUAUGACACAGUAUACAAGGGCAAAGUUUAGUUUCAUAAUUAUAACUAAUAUGAUUAAAAGCAUCAUCAUCAUACUUUUCACAUGAUUAGGUAAUUUGGUUGCCACUUGUUCUUUAUCAUUUACAUACCCAGCCUCUUUUAGGUUGUCUGAAAUGCAUCCUUUCUAUCUUUGUUAUUUUCCCAUUUCCCUGUCUUUAGUUCACUUUCUUAUAUUCAAAUUUUUGGAUUCUUGUUUCAUUUGCUUUUUGCUUUGCAUUUAAUUUGAUGUUUAAGUUCUAUCAGUUAAUUUUUUUCGCCCAAUAAGAGUUCUAGCUCCAAUAUAUCACCAUUGUACCUUUAGUGUGAUGUUGCAAAGUCUGCUCCAAAAACUUUCCUUGAUUUUUUAAUCAGUGACACUUUAAGCUUCAAUUACCACUUUCAACACCUACCUUGAUAAUAAUAGAAAAAAAGAUUUUGUUUUUCUCUCUAUACGCAUACCACCACCUUAGGUCUAUUCAUCAUAUUGUACAUCGCUGAACUUAUAUAACUCCAUAUUUGCAAUAAUUUAAUCCUCCAUGAAUCAAACACAAAAAGGACUGUGUUCUGUAAUGAAACUUUCUCACAAAUUACAACUGUGUGCACUGAUGGGAACUCUUAACACAGACUUUUGCUAUUCACAGGUAAUGGUUUUACAAGCUGAGCUGACCAGGAACCCUGCUGACAGUUUUAUCUUAUGCUUUUAAACACUGUCUGUGAAAUGCAAGGGCCUGAAUCGAUACCUGACACACUAUUCUAGUCUACCACUAAGUUUAAAAAGUGUUACAGUUUGAUUUGGUAAACAUAUAAUUAAUCAUGUCAUAUAUUAGUUGUAAGCAAUGAAAGUGCACACUCAACAAGGCUGAAGGUGGUAGCACCCAAAUUACCCAAA